CAGAGUGCUCACGCGGGGAGAGCAGCAGUCCUGUCAGCGCGCGGCUGCCUGGUGGAAGAUGGCGCGAGCCGGAUGGAAAUCCUAAUGACAGUCUCCAAAUUAGCCUCUUUUUGUACCAUGGGCGCCAAUGCCUCUGCUCUGGAGAAAGAGAUUGGAUCUGAGCAGUUUCCGGUCAAUGAGCACUACUUUGGCCUGGUCAAUUUUGGGAACACCUGUUACUGCAACUCGGUGCUGCAGGCUCUCUACUUCUGCCGGCCGUUCCGGGAGAAGAUCUUGGCGUACCGCAGUCAGCCUCGACGGAAGGAGAACCUGCUCACCUGCCUGGCUGACCUGUUCCACAGUAUUGCCAACCAAAAGAGGAAAGUGGGCGUCAUACCGCCCAAGAAGUUCAUCACGCGGCUUCGCAAGGAGAAUGAACUGUUUGAUAACUACAUGCAGCAGGAUGCCCAUGAGUUCCUGAACUACCUGCUGAACACCAUUGCAGACCUGCUUCAGGAGGAGAGGAAGCAGGACAAGACUAACGGCCGCCUUGCCAACGGCACGUUGGACUCCCAGAACAACAACAGCAAUGCCACGCCCGCUCCGACCUGGGUCCAUGAGAUCUUCCAAGGCACUCUGACCAAUGAGACACGCUGCCUCACCUGUGAAACGAUAAGCAGCAAAGAUGAGGACUUUCUUGACCUUUCUGUGGAUGUAGAACAGAAUACCUCCAUCACACACUGCCUCAGAGGUUUCAGUAACACAGAGACACUGUGCAGUGAGUACAAAUACUACUGUGAAGAAUGUAGAAGCAAGCAGGAGGCACACAAGAGGAUGCGUGUAAAGAAGCUGCCAAUGAUCCUGGCUCUGCACCUGAAGCGCUUUAAGUACAUGGAGCAGCUGCAGCGCUACACCAAGUUGUCCUAUCGCGUCGUCUUCCCUCUGGAGCUCCGCCUCUUCAACACCUCUGGGGACGCCACCAAUCCUGAGAGGCUCUAUGACCUGGUCGCCGUGGUGGUGCAUUGUGGGAGGUGUGUAGGUGAACACACAGCCAGAACACAACACCUUUUUAACCGUCUCCACAGCAACCGGAGACACGCAGACAGAUCGUGGUGCUAAUAAUAAAAUGGAUUUGAGCAUAUUGGCACAAGAAUAAAGGUGCGUUAGAAUGUAAAUCACAUCUCACAGGACAGAAUGCAGAGACCUCGUCUAUCAUUCAGCUGGGCUGUACUGGGAUGAGUGGGAGUGAGUCUGUCAGUGUUUGUUCAGGGUGUUUCCCUGCCUUUAACAUAACUGCUGGAUAAUGCUGGAACAGAUUUUAGCUCUCCAUGUCUGGGGAUUACAAAUAAUCUAGUAAAGAAAAUAAAUCAAAAGGCCAAAUUUAUCUGGAGCUAAUCAGUCCCAGUCUCCUUUCCUCCCUUUUAAGCUUAACUCCCACCUAAACUCCACAUUUCCAGGGCUGACCACACCUACCCUCCACUCUACAUCUAUAUGUUACAAGGCUAUAAAUGAUGUUCUCAUAAUGUCAUGAUAUUACUUAAAUUACACAUUAUGUCGUAUUUAUGGGCUUAAACUUGCUAAAAUUUAAAAAAUGAUGACUCAUUUUGACAUUCAACAUAUACUCAGACCACAUGACCAUAUGUAUCCAGAAGCAGGAUUUGGAAUAUUCUACUUUUACAAUACUCAUGCAAAAUUAGAACUUGUCAACUUUUUAAAAAUGUGUUUGCUAAUUUUAAAAUUAGAACCACUGUGUUAUUAGCACAUUUAAAACCCAGAUU